UCACUGCCGUGGGUUUCAAGCUUUUGUCAAACAUAUGGGUUGCAUCAUCUCUUCUCGAAGAAAGAAACCGGCGACAAAAGAGUCGCCGGAGUACCGUCCUCGCUUCCAAGUUCCUCCAUCAACUUCAACAGUGAUAGCUAAUGAUGAUGAUGAUGAUGAUGAUGAAGCACAUAAAGUCUCAGAAAAGGUGAGUGAUAAGUUAGGUCUUAAGGAGCUGAAAAGAGAAGAGAGCGUCCUUGUCGUUAAUCCUCCUCCUCCUCGCUCAUCGGAAUUAGCUGACUCCGGUUGGCCGCCGUGGCUUAUCCCCCACGCUGGUGAAGCGCUUGUUGGUUGGCUUCCUCGCCCUGAAUCUCACUUCGAGAAGCAAGAACAAAUUGGAAGAGGAACAUUCAGCAAGGUGUUCAAAGCUAGAGAUCUUCUCCGCAACAAGACCGUAGCUCUCAAGAGAAUCCGUUUCGAUCUAAACGACUCAGAGAGCAUCAGGUGCAUAGCUAGAGAGAUCAUAAUCCUACGCAAGCUAGACCAUCCAAACAUCAUUAAACUAGAAGGGCUCAUGCUUGUAGAACACGACUCCUCUAUCCUAUACAUGAUCUUUGAGUACAUGGAACAUGACCUCUUACGACUCUCUUCAUUACUCGGUGUUGAAUUCUCUGAGCCUCAGGUUAAAUGCUACAUGAGGCAGCUCUUUAGAGGUCUUGAUCAUUGUCACACUAACCAUGUACUCCAUAGAGAUAUAAAAAGCUCUAAUCUUCUCAUAAACCAACAUGGAGUCCUCAAGAUUGCUGAUUUUGGGUUAUCGACGUUUUUCGAUCCUCAUAACAGUGUUCCUUUGACUACAAACGUUGUAACUCUAUGGUACAGACCUCCUGAGCUUUUGCUUGGAGCUUCUCAUUACAGUGUUGGCAUCGACAUGUGGAGCACAGGCUGUGUACUAGGUGAGAUAUACGCUGGAAAGCCUAUUCUUCCUGGUAAAAACGAGACAGAACAACUGCAAAAGAUAUUCGAGUUGUGUGGAUCACCUACAGAAGACUAUUGGACAAAGCUGAAGAUUUCUGCUCCAUUGAGACCAAUGUUCCCAUACGGAUCAAAUAUAGCAGAGACAUUCAAAGAGUUUCCGGUUCCUGUUAUCUCGCUUCUAGAGACUUUGCUCUCUAUAGAUCCAGAUCUUCGAGGCACUGCUGCUACUGCUCUCAACAGCGAGUACUUCAACACUGAGCCAUUGGCUUGCGAUCCAUCUUCUCUAUCAAAGUACGCUCCCAGUAAAGAAAUGGACAUUAAGAAGCUCGGUGAAGCUACAAAGCAAGCUUCACAAAUUAGAAGAGGAGACGAACCACAAGCAGAUUCUUCUAGCAGAGAAACUUCAUAUACAAAUUCAUACGAGGAAGAGGAGACUACCAGUUUACAAGAUCAUUCUCCUAUACAAAUGCAAAGAGCUACGGACAUGGCAACCGAUGAUGAAACUGGAGCAGAAGAAGACUCUUACAGGGAUCCAUAUGGACACAACCAGAAUAUGGAGGAAGACAUACCUUUGCCAAUGAGUCCAUCUAGAGUUAACUCAAAAGCAACAAUUCUAUCUAGCGUUUAUGAGAAUGGGACAUCUUCUUCGGAGAGAGUAGGCAUCAUGCACACAUUGAUUGAAGAUUGUACUGUCAAUUAGAUUCAAAUAUUGAGAGAGAGAAAAAAAAACAGAUUCAAAACACAUAAUAAAACAUUCUUUGCUUUUA